AUCCUCAGGUGAGAUCAGUUCUGCACCAAAGGACACCACAAAUGAAAUGAAGGACUUCCAAAUCGAAACCCAAUGGACAUUGGAAGCUCAUUGUUCUGAUUCAUUCAUCUUGCAUAAAUAUUGGUGUAUUAUUUUCAGUGCAUGGAUUUACCUUUGUUUCCUUAUUAAUAUCCUGACCUUCAUCGUUCUUUUGCUUCUUGAUUCCGCAGUCAUAGAAGAAUACUGCACUGGUAGAAGUAAACAACCAGUUCAAAGAGUGCUCAACAGUAACAUGUAUAUCCAGCCGAGGCACUUGUCCAAAAUGUUGACAAGCUAUGAAAGGUUAAAGCAGAAAAAAAUGGAUCAAAACUUAGUACAAUUGAAGGCUGCUGGAGUCAAGAAUGUGCCAAAGUUUUUUUUGGGCUUAAAUAACAUUAAAGUUAAUGAUAAGGAAGAAGUUGACAUUCGGCGUGCAGUCGAUGGUGAUGAAGACGUCAUACUAUUUGAUGGUGAAGAAAGGUCGUGUUCUAAUAAUGACAAUGAUGAUCCUUCGGGGUCUAAAACAAAUGAGGUGAAUGGUACAGGUCCAAGAAAUAAGAAGGAUUGUUCUAGUGCACAACCUCUGAGAAAAUCACAAAGAACUCAAGAACAGGGUGGCAGUACCCAGGGAGCAACCCAAGCUCAGCAGCUUCCCACAUCACCUACUGAACAACCUGACAUGUUUUGCACCCCACAUACGGUUGUUGGUUGUGUGGAAACUCCUGCAAGCCCUUCAAGAACGUCACAAAAUCUCAAGCGCAAAAGAGGCCCAACCAAGCUGAAAACCAUUGCUAUAGAUGGAAGUAGUCGGAUUGAAGUUAAGUUUGAUGGGAAUGGUGAACCAAUAGGUGAGGGAUCAGUCAAGUUGUCUUCUUUCUUGGGACCUCUAGUUCGAGAGAUUGUACCAUAUACACUAAAGGAUUGGCGAAAGCUUCCUUCGGCAAUGGCAGAAAUCCUAUGGCAAUCUAUUAAGGUAAGAUUCAAUCUUCAUGAAGAAUGGCAUAGACAAAUGGUUUUCCGGAGAAUGAAUGAAGAUUGGAGAGCCUCAAAGUCGAUAUUAGUAAAAAAAAUAAGAAACGCUUCGAAUGAGGAAGAAAGGCUAAAGCUACAGCCUGAUAACGUCAAAUCGCUACAUGAUUGGAAGGAUUUUGUGAAGGAAAAGACUAGUAAAGAAUUCAAGGUUUAUGGGUUGAUAAAGAAGUGUUGUUGUGACUUUUUGCUGAAGAUGUAGGUAUGAUCUUGCUAGUGUGAUGGCUGUCAUUAUCGCUUGGUUGGUUGAAGCUUUUUGUUGAUACUUAUGGGAUGGAUAGAUUUUGGAAGGACUGUUUUGGUUGAAGCCUUUUUGUUAAUAUUUCAGUGUCAAGGUUUGAACUCCACUUUUGGGAUACAUAGAUGUUUUGGAAGGCUUUUUUGUUGAUAUUUGGUAACAAGGCUUGUACUCUACUUUCAGGAUACACGGAU